UCACGCGCUGCAAACGGUUCACUCAGUGAGUUUGGACAUCGGAGUGACGCUCAUUGCGGGGGGAAAUAACAGUAAUACACUCUAAGGACAAAAGGAGUUUAUUUCUCAAGAGAUUUGUGUUAUUUGCAACACGCCGAGACACUGUUUAUUCUGAGGUGAUAUCUCAAACCAAAGAUGAAUUUUGAGCAGCCCCCUCCAUAUCCAGGCAGUGGACCCUCUGCUCCAGGAUACCCAGCCCAGGGCCCACCUCCACAUGGCUAUCCCCCUCAGGGUUAUCCUCCACAAGGUUACCCUGUGAACAUGGAGCAGCCUAAUCCAGCAUACCCCAACUACCCUUCUGGACCAGUGGGCCCUGGAGGACCUUAUCCAGGCCAAGGACAGCCUCCUUAUCAUGGGUAUGCUGGACAGCCACAAUAUGGAUGGCAAGGUGGACCCCCUCCGGGACCAAUGUAUGGAGAAGCUCCCAAAAAUACAGUGUACGUGGUGGAGGAUCGCAGAAGAGAUGACACAGGAGACACAUGCCUGACAGCCUGCUGGACAGCUCUGUGUUGCUGCUGUCUCUGGGACAUGCUGACAUAACGCUGUUCCCUAUUUUUUGACCCCCAUUACCCCCUUGCCCCCUGUUUCUGUGCCUCGAAGCCCUCCCCCACCUCCUAUCUGCCUUACUGUAAACCCUGCACUCCCCCAUUACAGCCCCUCUAUUUCCUCUGCAAGUCUUUUGCUCGUCUAUAAAUAAAAGCCUUGAUUACAUAUGGAAGUUUGUUUCCAGAGCCACCUGUUCUACAUUGAUGUGAAGCCUACAGCGCUGGCCGACUCCCUGACCGACCCUGUCCAGGGGCUACUCUGUAGCAGCUUGUAACUGAGCUUCUAAGCAUACACUGAAACUCAGGCUCUGACACUAACACACAGAUACACAACACCAUUACAACACAUACAGUAUACUUGGAUCUCAGGAUCAACUAGUGUGAGGCUCUUUGGCACUUUAUGAUAAUUACCUCUGUAAGAUACAACUCCUGCCUGCCCCUUCAACCAUCUGCAACCCUUCCCUUACCUCCCUCCAGCCCUGCUACUUCCAGUCCCUGAAGGACAGUCCCUUAUCCAAGCCCUCCACCCUUUUAAAGGCCUCCAAGACCUGGGCUGUUAAUUAGCCACAGGAUGCUCUUAAGAAGCUGAUGCUUGAAUUGUAUCCCUUUCUUUUGCACAGAAGCUGUUUUGCCAACGUAUGUCUUCAGGUGAAAUCAUGACAAUAAAUCGAAUGGAUUUUUAAAGGUGACAGUGAUUUAUGAUCUCAAUGGUCACAAUGUUUUUUUUUCCUUUUUCAUGUUGAUCUUCAUAUGAAAAAUUAUGGCAAUGUUAUUUUUAUUGGAGAUAGAACUGAUCAUAUUUAAUAACAUGUUGUGAAUAUUACUAAACAGAAGAAACCAAAUGUCCUGUUAAAUGCCUUUUUGCUUUAGAUGAAAAUAUUGCAUUAAAAUAAUUUAUUCCCAUGAAA